GUGGCUGUGUGUGGUGGUGGCUGUGUGUGGGGGUCUUCGCUGUGUGUGGUGGUGGUCUUUGCUGUGUGGGGGUCUUCGCUGUGUGUGUGGUAGCUGUGUGUGGUGGUGGCUGUGUGUGUGGUGGUGGUCUUUGCUGUGUGGGGGUCUUCGCUGUGUGUGGGGGUGGCUGUGUGUGGUGGUGUUCGCUGUGUGUGGUGGUGGCUGUGUGUGUGGUGGCUGUGUGUGGUGGUGUCUGUGUGUAUUCGCGUGUGUUCACGUGUCUGUGUGUGUGUAUUCGCGUGUCUGUGUGUGUGUCUCUGUGUGUCUGUGUGUGUGUCUGUGUGUGUCUCUGAGUGUGUGUGUGUCUGUGUGUGUGUGUGUGUGUCUCUGAGUGUGUGUGUGUCUGUGUGUCUGUGUGUGUGUCCCCGCCUCUGCCCUGCACUUUCACCGCCACGGAGGUGAAUCUGCCGCCGCCGCCGCCGCUGCGUCCACAGCCGCCGCUCCAACAGUCGAGGUGCCACGCGAUCCUUCGCCGAGCACCAUGCUCCCGCACUACGCCGGUGCCGAUGUGGCGCUCAUGCAAGAGCCGUCUCUGCUGCCACCGCCUCCUCCUCCACCUCCUCCUUCGGCCGGCACCGGCACUGACGACCGAUCGGCCGGCACCGUCACAGGCACGGCCCGCCUCCUCCUCCUCGGCGAGCCGGCGCCGAACCCCCGUGAGGGCCCAACCGCGCGCCGGCGCGCAUGGAAACCACGCACCUUCUCCGACCCGGGGCCAUGGGCGCCGACGCGUGAUGGCGUCAAGGCGGCCGCCGCCAUUGCCGCGGCCGCGGGCCGUGCCGGCGCUGGUGACGGCAGCUUCUCGGACGUCUCCAACGUGUCGGCCGCCGACUCGGGCAUCUACGUGAGCUCGCCGGCGCCGUCCCCGCCGGUGGCGCCGUCCCCCUCUCCGCCGGCGCCGCUGUUCUACGUAAACCUCGCGCUGGAACCGGAGGAGCCGUGCUCGGAGACGGCGCCUGGCUCACGAUCCGGAGUGCCGGCAGGAUGCUUGAACGGCGCCUUCUCGGGACCGUCGCCGCUGCCGGCGCUCCCGCUGCCCGCUGCGGGCGCCGGCGGGAGGCGUCGGGCGGUUCCCGCGGCCGACAUGGAGAUCCAGUUGGACCCGCUCGCGCUGGCUCCGCCACCACCGCAGUGGAGGGUGGCCGACUCCGGUCCCGCGGGGCCGCCGCGGUUUUGGCCGGGGCAGCCGGAGCACCUCCUGGGUGGUGACUCUGUCGGCGCUGGCGGAAUCUCGGUGGCUUUCGACAUCCCCGUGGUGAGCGAGUCGUUCCUCAAGCGCACGUGCCACGAGCGCUUCUUCAAGAAGAUCUGCGCCAUCAUCAUCGUCAUUGUCUUCUCUGGCGUCGUUGCCAUGGUGGUGGUGCCGUACAUCAUGGCCAAGAAGUAGAGACCCAGAGACCCAGAGACCCAUGGACUCGCCACAGAGACCCAUAGACUCACUACACACAGACUUGCAUAGAGAACCAAAUACUAACAUAGAGACUCAUUUAUAUAGAUGCCUAGAGGCUACCAUAGAGAGCCAUAAACUUAGACUAAUAGAUCAAUAUAGAGAACCAUAGAUUCUUACAGUGACCCAUAGAUUUACACUGAGACCAAACACUCACACACACCAACAGACACAAAGACAAAGAACCACCAUAUAGCAAGUGCUGUUAGCGAGUAGCAACUAUGAAGGCUGGAACACUACAUGGGGGGGUGGGUGACCACCAGCCCUACACCCGGCCGCCUUUGUCUCCCUAGUGGCGAUGUUUAUACACCACAGCAGGUACUCAUUUGAGGCUGAGUCGACCUAGGGGAGGCCCAGGAUCAGUUGAAAUGAUCGUCACUGGUGUUGACCGUGAGCGAAAAUCAAACUUGGGUUGCCUGGUUCAAAGCGUAGCGCGCUCACCACUACGCUACCGCUCCCCAUUGACACACACACACCAUACAGAAUCAUGGACUCCUCACGAACUCCUUACGGAAUCCUUACAGACUCCUAACGGGCUCAUUACGGACUACUAAUGGCCUCAUAGACUCCUCACGGACUCCUCACGGACUCCUCACGGACUCCUCCUGGGCCAAAGGAGGAAUUGAGAAGGCUUUGGGCAGCACUCCUGACAACCGGGUUCGAGCCCCUGGACCCUGCCUCUCUCUAUCUGUGUGGGUUCAUAAUGGCUGUGUCGGAGAGCCCGCGACAAUGUUCUUACUUUGUUCUUGUCUGAGCACGGUUGGCUAUGCACGGUGUGAAAAGUUCAACAUAUAUACAUGUACAUACAGUGCGCUUAUGCCAGCUCCGGUUUCACAGCAAAGGUCUCAGUCCGAAUCAGCCGAGCGGCAUUAUCUUGUGAUCAGCUGCUUCACGCCGUUGUGUGGAAGCUACCUGACCUGUCGCUCCACACGACGUUUUUGGUCUUCCUCCCUUCUCUACGCUCGCGAAACGUGCACCCUGCCUAAUGCAUAUGUACGUACUUAUACACGUAUGUAAGUACAUACGUGGCCCUGAUCCAUGCCACGUAGGAGGACGUCAUCACUGCCGUGUGGCUCUUGACCACUGCACGGCUCCAUGGGAUCGCUCCAUGGGAUCGCUCGUCCAUGGGAUUGCCCCAUGGAGGAGCGAUUCUAUGUAAAUGCUGUAGUGGGUUUACUCUCCAACACACCCGUGUGCUGUACUAGUAACGAAUUGGCAAGUGUUGUGAAAGAGUGAGUAGGUGAACGGGUGGGUGGUAAGGUGAGAGGGUGGUUGGAUAAAUGGUUGGGUGACUGGUGGGUGGGUAAGUUAGUGUGGGAGGUUGAGUGGGGUGAGUUAGUGUGUGAGUGGGUGGGUGAGUCAGAGAAGUGUUGAGAUGUUAACUACCUCGCCCAGAAUACAGGAAGUAAUCAAUUCAAUCCCGACCCUGAAGCCUGUAUAUUUGGAGUUUGCAUCUUCUCCCGUGGUUACGUCGAUUUUCCUCUGAUUCCUUCGGGUUUGUUUUACACAUAGACUUUCGCGACCAAUAUCAUCCAUAAUAGAGGGUUUUUUGGGAGUUUGAUCACGUAAAUAUAUAAAUGUGUCUUUAAAACCCACCACCACCCGACACAGCCAACUAGUAAGGGUUGUCACGUAAACAGAACGUGCCAAUUCCUCACUAGUACAGCACACCGGUGUGUUGGAGAGUCAAGCCACAACGUUUACAAUCUGAGUACGACGUUUCGCCAGUAAUUACAGCUAGCUUCAUCAGGCGACAGCCAAAUUUGUGGAGAAGUGCACCUGUUUCGUUCCUUAUAUAGAGGCGUAGAUGUGGUGAUCACACUUUUCCGC